ACUACAAAUGAAGCACCCACCCACCAUUUCUCCCAUUACAAAACUCCCCUCUCACAUUCCUCAAAUCCAAUCCAAAACCACAAACACUUUUCUUCUCCUCUCAUCUCCUCCAAAUGGAUUUUGAAGAUUUAUGCAACACAGGACUGGUUUUGGGGCUGGGAAACUACUCACCAUCAUCACUCACCUCCAAAAACCCCACAAAAAAUGGUGAUCACAUUAGAAAAACCGCGGAGCCGUCAUUGACUCUGAGCCUCUCCGGUGCGAAGAAGGACGAUUCCGAUCUGUACAGACAGGACAGCGCGGCGUCGUCCUUCCCCACUGUUAGCGUGAAGAGAGAGAGAGAAGUCAGAAGCGAGGAUGAAGAAGAAGACGGCCCCAACGAUAGGAAGAAACUUAGGCUUAGCAAAGCGCAGGCGGCUCUUCUUGAGGAAAGCUUCAAGCAGCACAGCACUCUCAAUCCUAAACAAAAGCAAGAUCUGGCUCGUGAAUUGAAGCUCAGACCACGACAGGUUGAAGUCUGGUUUCAGAAUCGUAGAGCCAGAACUAAGCUUAAGCAAACAGAAUUAGACUGCGAAUUCUUGAAGAAAUGCUGCGAGACGCUGACGGAUGAGAACCGGCGACUGCACAAGGAAUUGCAGGAGCUCAAAUUAUCUCAGCCGCUUUACAUGCAGCUGCCGGCGGCAACGCUCACCAUGUGCCCUUCCUGCGAAAGGAUCGGCGGCGCCGUUGCCGAUAACACCGCUAAGACCUUCAUCAAGCCUCACUUUUAUAAUCCUUUCACCAAUCCAUCCGCAGCUUGUUGAUUCAAUUUCUGCAAAAAAUAUAAGGAAUCCCCCACAACCCUGUUUUUUAUUCGGUUAAGGGCUUGUAGAAAAGCAAGAUAUAAAAUUAUAUAUGUUCAUCUAAUUUAUAGAAAUUAGGAAAUUACUAAUCAUCUUUUCUUUUAUUUUUUCUUUUCUACUCUUAGUUGCGUGUGUAAUAGUUUUAUAUUGUAAUUAUUUUAAUUAAUAUACUGUAUUUUUAUGUUACUUUUUUUUCAAUUAUUGGUCUAUGGACUAUGAUUACUGAUUGAUUACAUUUUCAUAUGAAUUA